AACUCGAAACCUUUGAAGUUAGAACAAAACGGUUUUUCUGUAUAGUACUAUAGUUGAAUAGUUCCUCUUCCUCGGUGGUCUCUUGCAGUUAGCGGCUAUGCUCGAAAUUCGAAACCAUUUUAUUAAUAUAUCAGAUGCCUAGCUUUGCAUCUCCGAACACGCUUGGGUCAUCGAAAUUGCAAUCGAAUAACUAAAAAAAUGUCAGAAUUUGAGUACAGCAGUUCAAGUAACAAAGAGAGCAGUGAAGACGAAGAAUUGGUUUUCCCAAUUACAUUAAAACAGAAGAAAUAUGCCCACAACGCUAUCAAAGUUUCGAGGGAACUGCGUACCUACUACUCAAAUUUAUUUAUCGAUUCUUAUAACUUAAUUGACUUGUUUAUCAAAAAAAAAAUAUUAUUGUACAGUUCGUUUUUAGAACUUUUUAAUUCUUCGAAGUUCCAUGAAAUUUAUGCUAAGCUCAAUAGGGAAAAUAAGCACACUUAUUUAGCCCCACAUCAUUACAUCACAACCGCCCAGGACUCUCUUGCAGUGGCAACCAAGUUUUUGAGAUCUAAAUCGAGAGAAGCACGAAUAGGUGCUGUUUACUUAUUGUACACAAUUGAAGUGACUCAGCCAUUUUAUCAGUAUCUGGUUGAUAUAAAAAUGGAACGCAAAGACUACUUCAAUACUAAAGAAUUGGUCCACAGUUGUUUUAAUGAAGGUCUACGGGACCCAUCAUUCUGUUUUUACCGACUGGAUUUCAGAAGAAAAAUAAUAGUUACAGCUACAGUUAUCAACCCUUGUUUAGAAGCCAACUAUCCAAGAGCGGAGGUCCGCAAGUUUAUGGGCCGUGUUGCUGAUAAAUGUUUUAAAGUUGAAUACGAAGAGCGCAAAUACUUUGAUCCAUCCAAUAGACUACAACUUAUGGAGUAUCAGAUGCGUGAUGAAUUAGCAUACAUUAACAAAUUGAGUAAUUUGUCUUUGGGUCGAGACGUUGCUUCAGAACAUAAGCCAGAACUUUCUAGAGCAAUAGUAGAGAUAAGCGCUGCUAAAAAUGUUAUUACAGUCGAUCAAAAAAAUAACGACAUUGAAUGUCCGAAAAAAAACCGGUAUAAAAAUACUAAUAUCAGAGCGUUCCCAGGUAGAAAUGAAGAGAUUCUAGAGGAUAUGGUUGAAUUUUCAGAACCACCAAUCCUUGACAAACAUGUCAAUAACUGUCAUCCGAAAAAGAAACUAAAACUAUCCAGGAGGAAGAUAUUAAUAAUAUUUUUAAACACAGAAAACCAUGCCAAAAAAGAAGAACCACAGGAGACUAUGUCAACAUUACCGAGAUUGAGCACUAUCCUAGACUCGGAUUCUUCCUGCCCCAGUAUCAAUAGUGACGAUGAUUAUUAUGGAAACACAUAUGGAGAAAUGAUUUGGCGUAUUAUGGAAGGACAAGAAACCAGUGAAGUUAUUGAUCACCCAACUAUUGACCAAGAGGAAGACAUCAAAAUAAAUUAAUCGGCAAGAAGAAACGUCAAGUAUAAGCAUAAUAGCUGGUAUAUAUGAAUAAAAGUAAAUUUAAAGAAAAAAAACAUGGCCAUUGAAAAUACGCUAGUGCCCGUAAUAAUAUAUCCGCUUAUUCUGUAAGCCAUCAAUUUUUUAACAAAUUUAAAAAAUGUACUUCUUACUAGUGCACCUAUACAACCACUCAAAAGAGAAAUGGCAUGCGUGGGAUGUUUUAGGCACCACAUAAUAGAAACAAACUAGAGGUUGUUAUGUUGUAAAUGUCGUUACCACUGUCGUAAAGGGUAUUAAACUUAGUUAUGGUACCAGUAACGGCAUUUUUACACUCAGUAAUUGAUGAUCCAUAUCCCAAUCUACCGGUUUAUCUAGUCGUAGGGGCAGUGCUGCACGAGUUAAUAAAGAGAUGUGUGCUAACGAUUAACCAGCUCGAUUAAAAAAAAUAUAUAAAACA